UGUUUCUGAUAUUGCUCCGACAUGGUUUACUCCAUGCACGACUAGGAACAAAAAGCCAGUGCCUUGCUAUGGAGCCUCCGGAUCGUAAGAAGCCCAGCAGCAGGCAGGCCAACUCAGUGAAAGAUGCGUCCAAACAGAAUUCUCAAGCGGAUGAAUCUUGUGACUCUCACAGCGAGGAAGAGGAAGCUGUGUAUGGGGCAUCACCUCCUUAUACCAACCGUCAGAUGAAACGCAUGUCAGGGAAACAUCAAAGGCACAGCCAGUCAAGGAGUGCCGGUCGUUCUCCCAACAAGGCCGACCUCAGCUCAUCUCUCUUGAGGGAGAGUCCCAGGGUAGUGGAGCCAGCUGAAGAGUACAACUACAAGCAGGGUAAGAAGCAAAGAGCCACCCAGCGUUCGACGGAGAGAGACCACAAGAAGACAUUUGAAGGCUCCUUUAUGCUGGAUCCACUGUCAAAAUCUAGCCCGUUUGGUGCCGUUAACAUGGAUCCCAGGAAGCAUUAUUUGAGCUUACGCUGCAGCAGUGACAAACUUCCUGUUUCUAUGCCUCACCCCAUGGCCCGACCCCAUCGCCAGACCUCCAGAACAGACUGUCCAGCCGACCGCCUCAAGUUCUUUGAGACUCUGCGGCUGCUGCUCAAGCUCACAUCUAUGUCCUCCAAGAGGAAGGAGAAGGAGCAGAGAGGCUUGGAGAACAUGGCCUUUAUGGGUCACAACAAAGAAGUUAUUUGGUUGGAGCUGCAGGCUUGGCACGCACGACGCUCAACCAGUGAUCAAGAUGUUUCCCUUUUCACUGCUCGCAAGGCCAUCCCUGACAUCAUCAAUGAGGUGCUGCAUUUUAAAGUAAAGUACGACAGCCUAAGAGUGGCCCAGUGUUCAGGUACUCAAAGAUCCCAAGAGGAUUAUCAGAAUGCCUCAGAUGUAGUUUGUGAAGAAGAGAGGGUGUCUCCUGUAGCAGAGACCAACCACUGUGGAGUUGAUUCUUGGGCCUUUAGUGCCUGUCCGUCAUCAGCAAUGAACACAGCAGAGCCUCUUGGCAACGGGGCUGAUUACAGGGAACAUCUUCAGCGCCAACGGCUAGCAUUUGACCAGGUCAAGCGUGUUAUGGAAUUGCUUGAAUCUGUGGAAGCAUUAUACCCCUCCUUGCAGGCACUGCAGAGGGACUAUGAGAAGUAUGCAGAGAGAGACUUCCAGGGCAGGGUGCAGGCGCUCUGUCUGUGGCUCAACAUCACCCAGGACCUCAACCAGAAGCUGCGCGUUAUGGCUACUGUGUUGGGCCUGCACGAUGUGUCCCGUAUCGGGUGGCCUGUGUUUGAAAUCCCUUCACCCCGCUGUUCCCGUGGUAAUGAAGAAGAAGAGUAUGAAGAGGACGAGGAGAAUGACUCAACAGCCACUUUCACAGCUGAAAGUGAUGCAGAGGACCGAGAUGCUGAGCCAGAUGGAAAAGUGGGAUGUGCAGCAGAGGGAGAGUUGUCUCCCUCUUUGAUUCCGAAAUUUGCUCGACUGUUGUCAGAAGAUGAGUUUCUCCCAACUGCUGUGGCAGGUACUGCAGAAGUGGGAGGAGGAGGGGGAGUGUUUUGCCCCACGUCCAUUUACAGACCAUUUGUGGAUAAGGCUCUGAAACAGAUGGGACUGCGUAAACUGAUCCUCAGAUUGCACAAACUGAUGGACCGCUCUCUCCAGAGGUCUAGGGCAGCACUGCUCUGCCACACUCCUGCACAGGAGCAGCAGUUUGCAGACUUCCCAGACCCCAUGAUGUACAGUGAUUGCCUACCAGAACUGUCACGUCACGUGUCCUGUAGUGGUCCUGCUGACUCGAAGUUGGGAGAAGACCAGGUGUCCUGGAAGGAUUUACUAGACAUGGACCUCCCAUCUUUCCGACCAGCGUUCCUUGUACUAUGCAGAGUCCUUCUCAAUGUCAUUCACGAAUGCCUUAAGUUACGGCUUGAGCAGCGGCCGGCUGGAGAACCUUCACUGCUCAGUAUCAAACAAUUGGUGCGUGAGUGCAAGGAGGUUCUUAAAGGCGGCCUUCUGAUGAAACAGUACUAUCAGUUCAUGCUUUGUGGUGUGGUGACUGAUGAUCAGGGCUUGCAGACGAAUGCCAGCAUUGAUGAGUUUGAGGAGGAUCUUCACAAGAUGCUUGUGGUAUACUUUGACUACAUGCACAGUUGGAUCCAGAUGUUGCAGCAGCUGCCUCAGGCAUCGCACAGCUUAAAGAAUCUGUUAGAGGAGGAGUGGCACUUUACUAAGGUCAUAACUCCUUACAUCCGUGGAGGAGAGGCCCAGUCUGGCAAGCUUUUCUGUGACAUUGCUGGGAUGCUGCUGAAAUCCACUGGAGACUUCCUUGAUGCUGGCCUGCAAAAGAGCGGCAAUGAAUUCUGUGAAUGUGCAGAUAGCAGCACAGCCUCAGAUGAGAUCAGGCGGUCAGUUAUUGAGACGAGUCGGUUGCUCAAAGAGCUAUUUCAUGAAGCCAGAGAAAGAGCUUCCAAGGCUUUGGGUUUUGCCAAAAUGCUUCGCAAAGAUUUGGAAGUUGCUGCAGAUUUUAGUAUUACAAAGGGGUUGCCCUUUCUCCUGGAGGCACUAAAGGAGAAAAACUAUGUCAAGGUUCAGAUUCCAGGCUUGGAAGAGCUGCAGAUUUUUGUCCCUUGUGGCUUGAUGGAUCAGCGUCCACUCAUCCUACAACUUCUUAAUGCUGCUGCUGGAAAGGAGUGCUCCAAAGAGCCAGAUGAUAUUCAUGAGGAUGAGGCCUAUCUGCUCUUAAGUAAACAUGGAACUGGGGACUCCACUGCUGAUUCUGACUGGGCUCAGUGGGAUGGAAAGAUGCUGAAACUGGUUCCACAGAUGGAAACCAUUGACACCCUCAGGACUAUGAAGGUGGAGAACAUGUUGCUGAUUGUGGUGCAGUCUGCUCACUUGGUGACUCAAAGGAAGUCCUUCCAACAGUCAAUGGAGAAUGUCCUCACUCUUUGGCGGGAGCAAACCUCCAGUCAGCCUCUCAUUGCAAGUGCACUGGAGCAGCUCAAGAAUGAGGCAUUAGGACUAUGCAUUAAGAUCAGCAUUGCCAUUGACAAAGUGGAGUACAUGUUCACGUCAGAGUUGGAUGGUGAGGUGGAAGAGUCCGAAUCAGCCACCCUGCAGCAGUACUACAGAGAGACAAUGUGUCAGGGCUACAAUUUUGCCUUUGAGUAUCACAAAGAGGUGGUACGACUGAUGUCAGGGGAAUUCAGGCAGAGGAUCGGAGAACGUUACAUAGCCUUUGCCCAAAAGUGGAUGAACUAUGUUCUGACAAAGUGUGAGAGUGGAAGGGGAACAAAGCCCAGGUGGGCUACUCAGGGUUUUGAUUUUCUUCAGGCUAUUGAACCUGCUUUCAUAUCAGCACUACCUGAGGAGGAUUUUGUGAAUUUACAAGCACUGAUGAAUGAAUGUAUUGGGCAUGUGAUUGGCAAACCUCACAGCCCAGUAACUGGCUCGUACAUUGCGGCUAGGAACAGCCCUCGCCCAGUCAAGGUACCUCGCUGCCAUAGUGAUCCACCAAACCCCAAUCUGUUCAUCCCCAAUGCUGAAGGUUUCAGCUCCCGAAGCCUCCCCUGUGACCUCCGGAACCAGCUGUUCCCCAAUGGCCCCCGCCCCGCCCCUCAGGGCUCGGCUGAACACAGCCACAGCAAAGCACCCUGCAGCACCCCCAAUGAUGUCAGGGGAUCCAGUUUUCAUGAGAAUGACCGCCUGUCUUCAGUUGCAGCAGAGUCGCACUUCAAAUCUCUAAGCCGACAUUCCAGCCCAACAGAGGACAGAGAAGAACCAUCUUAUCCUAAAGGAGAACCGAGCAGUGUUGCUCGCCGAAGCUGGGAACUCCGCAAUUUCAUCACCCAGUCAAAAGACACAGCAGCUCGGCAAAGUCCCAUGGAGGCUGUGCGUCGCUCCAUCCGCAAGUUUGAGGAAAAACGCUACGCCGUGAUGAAGCAGCGAAACAUCAUUGGCCAAGUGUGCCACACACCGAAGUCCUAUGACAAUGUAAUGCACGUUGGGCUUCGGAAAGUGACCUUCAAGUGGCAGAGGGGCAAUAAGAUUGGCGAGGGCCAGUAUGGAAAAGUGUAUACGUGUAUCAACGUGGACACUGGAGAACUGAUGGCAAUGAAGGAGAUCCGAUUCCAGCCGAAUGACCACAAAACAAUCAAAGAGACUGCAGAUGAGCUGAAAAUCUUUGAGGGCAUUAAACACUCAAACCUGGUGCGCUACUUCGGAGUCGAACUCCAUCGAGAGGAGAUGUACAUCUUCAUGGAGUACUGUGAUGAGGGAACGCUGGAGGAGGUUUCCCGACUAGGGCUGCAGGAGCACGUCAUUCGACUUUACAGUAAACAGAUCACUAUAGCGAUCAACGUCCUCCACGAACACGGCAUCGUCCACCGUGAUAUCAAAGGAGCCAACAUCUUUCUGACAUCAUCUGGUCUGAUUAAACUGGGUGACUUUGGCUGUUCAGUUAAACUGAGGAACAACACUCACACUAUGCCAGGAGAAGUGAACAGCACUCUGGGAACAGCAGCAUACAUGGCACCUGAAGUAAUCACAAGAGCAAAGGGUGAAGGUCACGGACGAGCCGCAGACAUCUGGAGUUUGGGCUGUGUGCUCAUUGAAAUGGUGACUGGAAAGAGACCCUGGCAUGAGUAUGAACACAACUUCCAGAUCAUGUACAAAGUGGGGAUGGGCCACAAACCCCCCAUUCCAGAGAAACUGAGCACAGAGGGCAAGGACUUCCUCACUCACUGUUUAGAAAGCGAACCUAAACGCCGCUGGACAGCAAGCAUGCUGCUUGACCACCCGUUUGUUAAGGUGAGACUGAGCAUGUGCAACUGAUCAGUUAAGAAUUUGAAAGAGGUUUCCCAAGGUGCAACUUGUUGAACAUUAAAGCUGCUCUAAACUCUGCCCCAUCAGCUGCUGGUUUGUCUGUUUUAGGUUUGCACAGAUGAAGAGUGACCAGGAUCUGCACUGUGGUGUUCAGGUUUACAAAAUAAAGCACUACUGUACAUGUCAGCAAAAAGAAAACUGGGAACAGAAGAGGAAGACUCAUCUGAAGGAACAUGGAUUUAAGCUGAGGAACUGCACACUAUCAUUUCAGAGUAUAACUGAACUUGUUGAGUUCAGGGGUUUUUUUUGGGGGGGGGGGGGGGUUGCUGUAUAUAUACUGUAAGAAUAAUUGGCUUUAAUUCUCUGUAUAAACCAUAUUUGUAAAGUGAUUUAACUAUUGCUACAUUUAUUCUCAUAGAAGAGGCAUUGAGGAAUACUUUAGGAGGGUUGGGUGGCAAUAUCUAUGGCACUUUUUAAAUUGUUUACCGUAGGGAGCAGUUGUGUAGAGGGAUGAUACCAGCCACCAUUUGUGACUGAAUGGAGCUGCUGGUUUAUGGCACAAAACAUCCACCUUAUCAAAUUAACUUAUCGUCUGGCAAGCGUCUGCAUGAGGAGGCUCAUUUUAAAUGUAUUUUUCUUUGUUGAAAGGUAAAUGUCAGGUUGGUUGUGACGCCUCCAAGAGGGGGCUGAUAUGAACAGUAUCAGUGAUUGGAGCAUUGCUACAGGAGAAAUGUGGUCUGCUCACCCUCCCUGCUGCUGAACACAAGACACACACACAAACAAACUUCUGGUCCUCUGCUGCUCAUUCAGUGUUUGCUAUGUACAAACAUUAAUAAAUAAACCAAUCUUUUUGUAAA